AUGUCUGGCAGAGGCCGAGGAGGAAAGUUCAAUAAGGCGAAGCGGGGAGGCGGCAAGAAAUUUUCGCGCGACCUUCAACCACUCGACUCAGAUGGCAACCCCAUGGGCAUGUGGCGCGACCCCGCCGACAGGAUCGCCGAGUCCGAAGAAGAGUCGUCGUCCGAGGAAGAAUCCAGCGAGGAGUCCUCGGGCGGUGAAGGUCCAGCGGCCAAGCCAGGCCAGGAAGAAUUGACACGUGAGCAACGACGAGAGCAGGCUCGUCAGAGGAAGGCUGCUGCUAUCGCGAGGAAGAACAAGAAGGUCGCCGAGCCUGGUGACUUGCCCACAGACUCUUCUGAGGAGGAGUCUGAUGAUGAGGACAUGCCCGCCAAUCCGAACCAUACCGCUAAGGCCCGCAACCAAGCCCGUGCGCCUAUGCCAGCGGCGACCGAAGAGCCUAAGAAGGCUAAGGCGGGCGAGAACCUGUCACGGCGUGAACGCGAAGCCAUAGCCGCACAAGCAGCACGUGAACGUUACCAAAAGCUCCAUGCCGAGGGUAAAACGGACGAGGCCAGAGCAGAUCUCGCCCGCUUGAGGCUCAUCCGAGAGCAGCGCGAGGCGGCCGCCGAGCGAAAGAAGGCAGAGGCCGAAGAAAAGGAAGAGCAGCAGGCGGCCAACAAGGAGCGGCUUGACCGCGAGGCGAGGAAGCGAGAAGCCGCAUUAGGGCCGAGUGCGGCCAAGAAGGGCAAAGGGAAGAAGUGA